UAAGCGACGCAACCCCGCACUUAAACCUUUUGGGUGUUUCUUCUUAAGCCGUGACAACCAAAUCCGAAUCCCUUGAAAACAAAACAAAGGGUCCUCCGCUCCAGCGGCCGCCUCUAAGUCGUAAUAUCAUAUUCCUCUUCCUUUUUACUGGUGUGGGUUGGUCACUCUCCUCCUGGGUCCCACAAGAACCGUCAUAGGUUAAGCCAAAGCCAGAAAAUGAUCAUCAACGUUAAGGAGUCCACGAUGGUGCGGCCAAGCGGUGAGACCCCCCGGCACGCGCUGUGGAACGCGAACGUCGAUCUGGUAGUGCCGCGCUUCCACACCCCGAGCGUCUACUUCUACAUUCCAAGUGCGGGUGCAUCCAACUUCUUCGACGCAGGAGUGCUCAAGGAGGGGCUCAGCAAGGCCCUUGUCCCCUUCUACCCCAUGGCCGGCCGACUCAGACGAGACGAAGAUGGUAGGAUCGAGAUUGAUUGUAACGCCGAGGGUGUGCUCUUCGUGGAGGCCGAAACUACCUCCGCAGUCGCUGAUUUCGGCGAUUUUGCGCCGACGUUGGAGCUUCGGCAGCUCAUUCCAACGGUGGAUUAUUCCAAAGGGAUUGAGUCUUAUCCCCUCUUGGUCUUGCAGGUAACAUAUUUUAAGUGUGGUGGGGUCUCGCUUGGUGUUGGUAUGCAGCACCAUGUCGCGGAUGGAUUUUCUGGUCUCCACUUUGUGAACACAUGGUCAGAUAUGGCUCGGGGUCUUGAUCUUACCCUUCCACCAUUCAUUGACCGGACCCUACUCCGUGCCCGGGACCCUCCUCAACAUGCGUUCCAGCACAUUGAAUACCAGCCUCCUCCUCCAAUGAAAUUGCCUGUUCAACCCACAAAACCAGGUAAUGAUAGUGCAUUGGUAUCAAUUUUCAAAAUAACUCGGGACCAACUGAACAAGCUCAAAGCCAAGUCCAAAGAAGAUGGCAACACAAUCAACUACAGCUCAUAUGAGAUGUUGUCAGGUCAUGUGUGGAGAUGCACGUGCAAGGCACGUGCACUUCCUGAUGAUCAAGAGACCAAAUUGUACAUUGCAACUGAUGGUCGGUCAAGAUUGAAUCCCCCACUCCCUACUGGUUACUUUGGCAACGUGAUCUUCACCGCCACUCCAAUGGCUUUAGCAGGCGAUCUCCAAUCUAAACCAAUGUGGUAUGCUGCUAGCAGGAUUCACGAUGCAUUGGCACGGAUGGACAAUGAUUAUUUGAGAUCGGCCCUUGACUAUCUGGAGCUUCAGCCUGAUCUAUCUCGCCUUGUUCGUGGGGCUCAUACUUUUAGAUGUCCAAAUCUUGGAAUAACUAGCUGGAGCAGGCUGCCAAUCCAUGAUGCUGAUUUUGGGUGGGGUAGGCCAAUAUUCAUGGGACCUGGCGGGAUACCAUACGAGGGGUUAUCAUUUAUGUUACCAAGCCCAACUAAUGAUGGUAGCUUGUCAGUAGCCAUCGCACUGCAACCUGAACAUAUGAAAGUGUUUCAGGAGUUAUUCUAUCAAAUUUCAAAGCAUUCAAAUACAAGCAAGCUCAAGAAAAUCAAGAACCAUAGUCUUGUUAAGCUCUCUGCUUCUCGAUCCCGUUUUCUUCAGGAACCAACCUGUUCAACUCAUUCUCUUACUGAAAAUUUCACAAUGGCAUCCAAGAAUGUAGGAAAGGCCAUUGGCAUUGAUCUUGGCACGACUUAUAGCUGUGUCGCCGUUUGGCAAAAUGACCGCGUGGAGAUCAUAGCAAAUGACCAAGGCAAUAGAACAACUCCCUCUUACGUUGCUUUUACAGAUACCGAGCGGCUCAUUGGGGAUGCGGCCAAGAACCAGGUCGCCAUGAACCCGCGGAACACGGUCUUCGACGCCAAGCGCCUCAUUGGUAGACGGUUCUCCGACCCUACCGUCCAGAGCGACAUGAAGCACUGGCCUUUCAAGGUUGUCGCAGGACCCGGAGACAAGCCGAUGAUAGUGGUGCAGCAUAAAGGCGAAGAGAAGCAAUUCGCGCCCGAAGAAAUUUCUUCUAUGGUAUUGAUCAAGAUGAGGGAGAUUGCCGAGGCUUAUCUGGGUCACGCAGUGAAUAACGCCGUGAUCACGGUCCCCGCCUACUUCAACGAUUCGCAGAGGCAGGCCACCAAGGACGCUGGAGCUAUUGCGGGACUCAAUGUAAUAAGGAUUAUCAAUGAGCCAACUGCCGCGGCCAUUGCUUAUGGACUUGACAAGAAGGGGUCGAGGUCCGGAGAAAAGAAUGUGCUUAUUUUCGAUCUCGGUGGUGGGACAUUCGAUGUUUCACUCUUGUCAAUCGAGGAAGGGAUAUUUGAGGUUAAGGCCACAGCUGGUGAUACCCAUCUUGGUGGUGAGGACUUUGAUAACAGGCUAGUGAAUCACUUUGCGGCAGAGUUCAAGAGGAAGCACAAGAAAGAUAUUAGUGGCAAUGCGAGAGCUUUGAGGCGGUUGAGGACGGCAUGUGAGAGGGCGAAGAGGACUCUUUCUUCGACCACUCAGACGACUAUUGAGAUUGAUUCGCUCUAUGAAGGCAUUGAUUUCUAUGCUACAAUUACUAGGGCGAGAUUUGAAGAACUAAACAUGGAUCUAUUCAGUAAGUGUAUGGAACCAGUGGAGAAGUGUCUUCGAGACGCGAAGAUUGACAAGAGUCAGGUUAACGAGAUUGUUCUCGUUGGUGGGUCCACGAGGAUUCCCAAAGUCCAGCAGCUUCUGCAGGAUUUCUUCAAUGGCAAAGAACUCUGCAAGAGCAUAAACCCGGAUGAGGCUGUCGCUUAUGGGGCUGCUGUGCAAGCCGCAAUUUUGAGCGGGGAAGGGAAUGAGAAGGUCCAAGACUUACUCUUGCUUGAUGUCACCCCUCUAAGCCUUGGUAUCGAGACUGCUGGUGGUGUUAUGACGGUCUUGAUUCCUAGGAACACAACAAUUCCCACUAAGAAGGAGCAAAUUUUCUCGACUUAUUCAGACAAUCAGCCAGGAGUGCUGAUCCAGGUGUAUGAAGGCGAGAGGGCUAAAACCAAGGACAACAACCUUCUCGGGAAAUUCGAGCUAACGGGCAUUCCUCCCGCUCCAAGAGGCGUUCCUCAAAUCAAUGUGUGCUUCGACAUUGAUGCCAAUGGUAUACUAAAUGUGUCGGCCGAGGACAAGACUGCCGGAGUAAAGAACAAGAUUACCAUCACCAACGACAAGGGAAGGUUGAGCAAGGAAGAGAUUGAGAGAUUGGUGCAGGAGGCAGAGAAGUUCAAGGCAGAGGACGAGGAGGUGAAGAAGAAGGUGGAGGCUAGGAAUUCGCUCGAGAAUUACGCAUACAACAUGAGAAAUACUGUGAAGGACGAGAAGUUUGCUGGGAAAUUGAAUCCAGGGGACAAGCAGAAGAUCGAGAAGGCCAUUAACGAGACGAUUGAGUGGCUGGACGGGAACCAAUUGGCUGAAGCCGACGAGUUUGAGGACAAGUUGAAAGAGUUGGAGGGUUUGUGCAAUCCAAUUGUCGCGAAGAUGUAUCAGGGUGCUGGUGGGGACGGACCCAUGGGUGGUGGUGCCGAGCCUUCAUCUGGUAGUUCUGGAGCCGGGCCUAAGAUCGAAGAGGUUGACUGAGGCUUCGAAGCGUUCCAUCUGUCGAUUCCAUUGUCUGUAAUCUGGUUUUGUUACUUUGUUUUGGCUUAUGCUCGAGUGCUUGGAGGAAAUACAAUAAUGAAAAAUAAAAGUAAAAGCAGUACUUGUAGAUGUAAAGUUGUAAUAUUUUUAGUAAUACUCAAUAUAUUGUGAUUUCUUCUUU